UGUACCAAUCUACCAUAGUAGUAUCUGAGUCUCAUUCAUCCUGUUGUGAAGAAGUACACAACGAACAGCGCGUUUUGCUCAGCCUCAGGCACCUUUGGUCAAAGAUGAUAUAACGAUGUCCUGAAUCCUCCCUCUCUGACAGGCGCCACUUUGCUGGCUGCCAUACUCAUCCCUCUCCCAUCUCAACCACCCCACUACUAAGGCCACCCUGAGAAUUGCAAGGCUCGAGUCCUUCUACGAUCAUGGAGGUGCCUCGUCACGAAUAUAUACUUGAGGUCUUCGCCGACCAGACUUUUGUAAAGGACAUUGUCAAAGGAGUGCUGCACACUAUAUUCUUCCACCGAUACUUCCCUCCAGUGCGACCAACACUAUAUACUCCAACAGCCUCCUCUUCUCACUCGUCAUCGCACUCCGUCCAGUCCCUGCCCAUCCCGCUCCCCUCGAUCCUUGAUCCACCUGAGAUCUCAGCAGCGAUAGACUCGCAUACUGCUUUGUUGGUUUCUCAGCUUACUCCACAAUCUUCCGCGACUUCUGCCGCAGGUGGUUCUCGUGGCGAAAUUGUCGUGCGCUUUUUUGAUCGAAAGAGGCGGAAAACAGGCAUCACUACUGGAUGGUUGGGUAGACUCGGUGGUGGUGGUGGUCAAACAGAAGAGGAGAUCUGUUGGGAAGAAUGGUGUGUACAGGUCAUUGUAGCCAGACCCCGCAGUGAAGCCGACCGGAUCAAGGUUCGCAGAGCGAUGGAGUCGUCUCUCCAAAAGACUGCGAUGAAGAUUGUCGCAAUCGUCAACAGGGACAAGGACCAUAUCCCUCCUAUAACAACCAGUGAUCAGAACCCUUUUCCUUAUCGCAUCUUUGUCAACCCGAAGCAGCAGGAGAGUGCAGAGAGAGCGUUUGGCAGUUGGACCUGAAGCAGCCACCUACCGCAAACGGGUAGAGGCCGAUUACUAUAUAUUUUUUUGGAAUAUAAAGUGACAUCGCAUUCGCAUGGCAUUUCUACUUAUCCAUCAUUGAUCUUUGCAGCCAUACCAGUCGUAACGUCAAUGUCAAUAACUCUAUCGUGCAAAUCCAUAACAAGUUCAUUCCUCCACCGCCAUGAGGUCUCCUGCGGCAGUUCUCUACAGCAACCUUCCCCUAUCAUCACUGGAUUCCAGUCGCUCUUCUCCGCCCGCACCAAUUGGCAAUCCAGAGUUGUUCGCUUCA